AUGUCAGCAACAGAGAAGCAAAUCAAAAACUUACAACCCUCCAAGAAAGGCCGUAAGGCAUGGAGAAAGAACAUUGAUCUAGAUGAUAUUGAGAAAAAACUUGAGGAACGUAGAGUUGAGUUGAUCGAACAAGGGAAACCUGUGGAAGAACUAGAAUCAAAUGAGUUAUUCUACAUUGACGAUGAAGCGGAUGACAAAAUUAGCGAAAAGAUGAAGAGAGAUCACGUUAAAGUGCUAAAGUCAACAGAAAUAUUGAGCAAUAAGUCGAAAGUGCCGGCAGUGGCUAAUAAUCGUGCCGAUGGCAGGAAGCGGAAAGUGGAGGGGAUCUCGAAGCGAGAGAUUCACAAGUUAAUGAGAUUGGCAGGUAGAGAAUUGGGAGUAAGUAGUGCACAGGCUCGUAUUGAGAAGGAUGGAUUGAUCAAUAUGAAAGCUUAUGACCUAUGGGGAAAAGACGAAGAAUCUUCGUUGCAGCCAUCCGAGAAGAAGCAGCGAAAGAUUCCUGAGAUCUUGAGGAAGUUUAAUGGAAACUCUUAUACACAUGCUACAGUUGUUCCAGAGACGAUGAAAAUGCCUCCAAUUAAGGUGAGAGAGGUGGAAAUAAUACCGCAUGAGGGUAAAUCGUACAACCCAGCCUUCGAUAGUUGGAGAGAGUUGAUCAACCGGGAGUCUUUUAAAGAGAGUUCUAAAGAGAAGCAAUGGUUAGCUUUGAAGGAAGAACAAAAAAGAAUCCAGUAUCUGAUUGAUAACUUUGAUGAUGAAGCAGAUAUUGUGAGUGAUAGUGAAGAGGAGAAGCCAGAAAAUGAAACUGACUACAAACUUUCCGUCAAUGCUGUAACAGAGACCAAAAUUAAGACCAGAGCCAAGAGAAAUAAAGAAAAGAGAUUUAAGCAAAAGAAUAAACUCUUGAAGGAAAUCCGCAGCUUGAAGGAUACUAUUAAACAGAUUGAACAUUUACCAGAAAUUAUGAAGAUGCAGGAAGAGAGGGAGAAAGAGCAGGCGAAAAGAGAUUUCAAAUUAGAAGCUCAGCAAAGAGAAAAGAGAAGAGUUGAACAGGGAAAGAAGAAACUUGGAAGCAAAUAUACAAUUAGAGAGGGACCAUUGGAGGUGAAAUUGAGUGACGAGUUGGGAGAUUCGUUGAGAAAGUUGAAGCCAGAAGGAGACCUCUUCCUUGAGCGAAUGAACAAGAUUGUAGCCACCGGAAAGAUGGAAGCCUGGAGGAAGACCGCUAAAAAGGAAGGCCAGAAGAAGAUCACGGAGAAAUGGUCUUAUAAAGACUUUAAAUGA